AUGCUAUUAAUGCGAACAAGGGUAUUAUGCUAGUAGAAUAUUUGGAAUUGUCAAAUUUGUCCUUCUGAACUUCAUUGCAAGACUUUUUAUCACUAAGAUAAGAUAUCUCAAGAUAACUGGAAAUAAUAAGUAAGAUCAUUUUAUUAUGCUGCAAUCUAAUCCUAUGAUAUGAGUCACGAUUUUACUGAAUUUAGCUAAAGUUCAGAAAUACAGGAUUUUGAAAUAGUUUGUCUUGAUUGUGUUCAAGGAUUUGACCUUUAAAAUAAAUAAUGCAUACCUUAAUGUCCAACUCUUUGUUUGGAAUGUGUAAGAUCAAAUGGUCAAAAUAUAUGUAUUAGAUGUCCUUUGGAAGUGAAUUAAAGAAUCAUUAGUUUAUAUAAUAACUAAUGCAUUCGAUGUCCUCCUAAUUGUAAUUUAUGUAGAAAAAGAGAUUAAGCAGAAAUUUUCUUAAUUAAUCCAAUAUUUUAAAAUUCUAAUUAUUGGGAUUAUAGUAAUUAAUGUUUGGGGUUUAAUUCAGAUUCCAAUUUAUAUUAUAAUUCAUUUUUUGGAUUAGUUUUUUAAUAAAUUGAUAUUGAUACCAAAUAGGAAAAUUAAGUUACUCUUGAACUAAAUUUGAUAUGUUCUGAAAUUGUUUAUCAGAAUCUAACUUUUCACUUAGAUGAUUCUUUAAUAUUUUGCUCAAUUUAAUAGAGAAUCAUUUUACAAGUUGGCGAAUGA